GACGCGCCCCUCCCUGCCGAGGGAGUGGGAGGGGUACCACCCUUCUAGCCGCUCUCCCCCUUCCCCCCUUCUCUUCCCGGUGCGGCAAUGUGACCCGACAGGGGGAAAAGAGACAGGGACCUCCCCUAAUGCACGGGGACCCCCCCUCCCCCGCCCCGUUAAUGUUUAAUCCGAAAAGAUCGUCCGAUGGGAUCUGGGUGGCGUGAUCUCCCGCUCCCUGGGCGUCACACAUCCACGCCCCGCAGGAUUUAGGGAAAGCCAGCAGCGCGGGCCAGGCGGACUGGAGCGCAAGCCGGGAGCGCGGCCGUCUCGCCCCGGGAUCCGGAGGGUCCCAGCCCGGCCCCUGCCCGUCCGCAGCAGCGCCCUCGGCUCCCCGGCCCGGGCCCCUCCGCACCCGCACCCUCGGGGCUGGCGUGGGGGAGGGGCGGGGCGGGAAAGGAGGGAGGUUCCUAGUGGAAGGGCCCCCUCCCCCCCCCCCCCCCCGCGCGUUCUGCGCUCGGCUGCGGCGAGACCUCUCCUGCAGCCAUCCUAGCUCCCCGGGCCCCUCCUCGCUGGCGAGGGCCACUCCGAACUCGCGCCCGGGCCCAGCCCCGCAGCUCCGGCCCCGCAGCGCCAGCCCCGGCUUCGGAGCCUCGGACCCAGGGUCGGGGCUGAGCCGCGUGCGCCCCUGGGCUCCGAGCCGCAGCCUUCGCCUCCCCGAGGCGCAGUCGGGCCGGAGCGCCCCCCCCCUUCCCGGGGCGCUCCCCUCCCGAGCUCCCCGCCCGCGGCCCCCAGACGCCGCUAGCAGCAUGGGCGCCCCGGCUCGGCGCGGCCCCCGGCUCCUGCUGCCGCUGGGGCUGCUGCUGCUCCUGGGGCCCGGCCCGGCCUGCGCGCAGGAGGACGACGAAGGGGACUACGAUCUCCUAGCGCUCGCCUUCCCCUCCGAGGAGGACAAUCAGACCGACUUCGGCAAGCAGGUGGCGUCGGCAGCCUUCUACCGCAGCAACAAGCACGCCUGGCGGCAUCCGGGCCACUACCUGGUGGUGCUGAAGGAGGAGACGCACAAGUCGCAGACGGAGCGCACGGUCCGCCGCCUCCAGGCCCGGGCCGCCAAGCACGGCUACCUCACCAAGGUCCUGCACGUCUUCCACGACCUCCUUCCCGGCUUCCUGGUGAAGAUGAGCAGCGACGUGCUGGAUAUGGCACUAAGGUUACCUCACGUCGACUACAUUGAAGAAGACGCCUUUGUCUUUGCGCAGAGCGUUCCCUGGAACCUGGACAGGAUUGUCCUGGCACCUCAUGGAGCAGAGGAAUACAGCCCGCCCAAUAAAGGCGACCAGGUGGAAGUAUACCUGCUGGACACCAGCAUCCAGAGUGGACAUCGGGAGAUUGAGGGGAAGGUCACCAUCACUGACUUUGAGAAUGUCCCAGAGGAGGAUGGCACCCGCUUCCACAGACAGGCCAGUAAAUGUGACAGUCACGGGACCCACAUGGCCGGAGUGGUGAGUGGCAGGGAUGCUGGAGUUGCCAAAGGGGCCAGUGUCCGGAGCCUCCGAGUCCUGAACUGUCAAGGGAAGGGAACCGUCAGUGGGACGCUCAUUGGCCUGGAGUUCAUCCGCACGACCCAGAAAGCCCAGCCUUACAGCCCCCUGGUAGUGCUGCUGCCCUUCGCCGGGGGCCACAGCCCCACACUGAAUGCCGCCUGCCGGCUCAUGGUGCGCACCGGGGUGGCGAUGAUCGCGGCCGCCGGCAACUACAGAGAUGACGCUUGCUUAUACUCGCCGGCUUCCGAACCCGAGGUCAUCACCGUGGGCGCCACAAAUUCCCAUGAUCAGCCAGUCACCAUGGGAACCGGAGGGACCAACUUUGGCCGCUGCGUAGACCUUUUUGCCCCUGGGGAAGACAUCAUCGGUGCCUCCAGCGACUGUAGCACCUGUUUUACCUCUCAAAGUGGAACAUCUCAGGCUGCCGCCCAUGUGGCAGGCAUCGCCGCCAUGCUCCUCAAUGCCGAGCCUAGCCUGACCAUGUCAGAGCUGAGGCAGAGACUCAUACAUUUCUCCAUCAAGAAUGUGAUCAACGAGGCUUGGUUUCCUGAAGACCAGAGGCUGCUGACCCCCAAUUUGGUGGCCGGGCUGCCGUCCAGCCUUGGAGCAGAAGAGCAGCUGUUCUGCCGGACAGUGUGGUCCCCCAACUCGGGCCCGACCCGGAAGGCCAUUGCGGUGGCCCGCUGCGGCCUGGGCGAGGAGAUGCUGAGUUGCUCCAGUUUCUCUAAGAGCGGGAAGAGGAGAGGAGAGCGGAUGGAGGUGCACGAGGGCAGGAAGGAAUGCCUGGCCUACAACGCAUUUGGGGGACAGGGCGUCUACGCCAUCGCCAGGUGCUGCCUGCUGCCCAGAGCCCAGUGUCACGUCCGGGCCUCGCACCAAGGAGAGGAUGGCGGGGAGGUCCGUGCCCGCUGUGAUGAGGAGAGUCACGUGGUUACAGGCUGCGCCUCCCACUCCCAUCGGGAGGAUCUUGAGGACCAGGUGAAGCCCGUCAUGAAGAGCAAGCAGGGCCACAGCCAUUGUGUGAGCCGAGGCCAGUCCAGCCUCCAUGCCUCCUGCUGCCAUGCCCCAGGACUGGAGUGCCGGGUGAAGGAGCAUGCCCCCGAGGGCCUCACGGAGAAGGUGACAGUGGCUUGUGAAGAAGGCUGGACGCUGACCGGAUGCAACGCCUACUCCCCCGGCCCGAGCACCCUGGGCGCCUACCCCGUGGACAACACCUGCCUGGUCAAGAGCCAUGCCGGCAGCAGAGGGGGCCGCCAAGCAGCCGCCAUGGCCAUCUGCUGUAGGAACCGACAGCUGCCCAGAGACCAGCAGACUUCCCCGUGAUGCUUCCCGGCAGGAUUUGUGGUGGGGGGAGGGAAGAAGGACCUUCCGUGUUGGCCCUCAGUCGUAGGAUAUCACCAAGAUUCUUGGGGCAUCCACGUUUCCCACUUCUCAAUUUCCACCCAAUUCCCUCACGCUUCUCCCAUAGGUGCCUCAGUGCUGGCCACUGCUCAGCCGGGCUUGGACUGUCUGAAAAGGCUCUCUCUUCCCUCCUCAGAGGAGGGGGAUCCACCCCUGCCUCUCCCUGUGAUGAGGACCUGGAUUUUGGGGAUUUGAGGCUAUGGGGAAGCCCCCUGGCACUUGUCCCCUAUCCCCUCCUCCUUCUCUUUCCCUCAUUAGCAACUAGUUUCUAUGCUUGCACAUGGCCCUCCUCUUCAAAUGGAAAUCUCUCCAAGGUGGUAGGGACUCCUCAAACCCCUCCUACAGACCAGCUUCAGGAGCUGACCAUGGACCUUUUCCGCCCAGUCAGGACACAAGUUAAAAGGAAAGUGCUAGAUCAUAAAGGGGGCGAACAAAAGGGAGACAGCAAAAACUCACCUCACCAAGGAAUCAAAGCGUGUCAGAACUGGGAGGGAACCUAGAACAGGGAAUGUUAGAACUGGGAGGGAGCCUAGAACAGGGAAUGUCAAAAUUGGGAAGGAAACAAACCGGGAAUGUCAGAGCUGGGAGAAUCUAAGAACAGGGAAUGCCAGAGUUGGGUGAGAACUUAGAAUUGGGAAUAUCAAAGUUGGGAAGGAACCAAGAACAGUGAAUGCUAGGGCUUGGAGGGAGCUGAGCUGGGAAUACCAAAAUCAGCGUGGGGGUUGGGGGCUUAGAAUGAGGAAUGCCAGAACAUAAAGUGCCCGUGAAUGCCCUCUUUUGGCCUAUAAAACCGGGGAAGGGGGUUCUCUGCGGGAGUCAGAGUUCCAUUCCUAUAUGACACCCCUUUGGGAGCAGGAGAUCCCAGGGCAGUAUGGGAGGGAAGCAGCCUGGCCUCUCAGAGGCUGCUCCCUUUCCCUCCUGGCUUGGCACCAGCUCUCUGGAUCCCUGUGUGGUGGUCCCAGCUGGGUGGCUUCUCCUAGACCCUCGGGUGCUUCUCGGACAUCCUGCCAAAGGUGUAUUUACCAGCCAGCCAGCGGAACAAAUAUCUCCUCACUUUUUCGUUCCCAGUUGACUCCCAGACCGGGGCCAAAUCCAGAUUUUUAGGCCCUGCCCAACUGUCUGUAGAGAUGAACUGUAGAGAUGGAAGGGAAUCCAAGCACUUAUUAUUAUUAUUAUUAUUAUUGUUUUUAGCUGUUGCUGUCUUUUGUUUGGCCCUAAGGACCUUUGGUUUUAGGGGCUUCCCCAUUUUCCCACCACAUCUUCUUUGUGCACGGCAGUGAACCAGAGUGAACAGAACACAGACAAUCGGGAGCCAGGGCCUGGGUCCAAACUUCACUCUGCCCCCUACAACCUGGGCACCUUUCAGUAAAUCCCUUGCUGUCCCUAAGGCCCAGCUUCUGUUAAAAGACUGUGUUGGGCCAGAUGUAGGUGGCCCUUCCCCCUUUUCGAUUUACCAUCUUUCAACAUGGAUGGAUUUCAAAGGGUCUGUGGACUGGGGGGGGGGGAGAGAAAUCAAUCAUUUUCACUAACAUUUGGUUUCCUUUGUUAUCCUGUGUAUUUUUAUACAUUUAAAAACGUUAUUCUGGAAAGUUAGGCAAAAAGCAUUUGUUGAGGGCCUACUAUGUGUUAUACUAUACACAGUAAGGCAAAAAGUAAUCCCCACACUCAGGGAGCUCCCAGACAAGUGGGGGGGGGGGACAGCACGUCAUUAGCUGUGUACGAACAAGCUAUCAACUGAUUAGAUCAGAAGUGAUCAGCAGAGGGAAGAGACCAGAAGAAGCUUCUUGCAGAAGUCGAGCCUUCCCCUGAAGGCUCAUUUGAAGGCACUAAAGAAUCUGGGAAGGAUUCGGAGGGGGAGUUUCCAGCAUGGUGGACAGCCAGUGACAGAGCUAGGGAUCUCUUUGGAGAAGCGACAAGGGGCAAGCCAGGGUCUUUGAAUCAGGGUUAUGUAGAGAACAAGUAAGGGAGAAGUUUGAAAAGGGAAGGAGGGGCCAGGUCAAAAGGCCUUUAAAAGUCAGAGGGUUUUGUGUCUGAGCGUGGAGGUGAAUGGGAGCCCCUGGAAUUUAAACAGAAGGCUUUGAAUGGAGAAUGGACUGGAGUUGGGGGGAGAGGAGGCAGGCAGGUACCAAGAGCUAUUAGACAGUCUAAGUGCGAGGUGAUGAGAUGCACCAGGGGGUGGGAGAUGGGCUCCGCCACCCAGUGAGAUCCAGGACAUGAGUAACGGAGCCUUUCUAAUGAAACUUCUCUAAGGGAGGCCAGCCUUUCCUCUCUUGGGCAACGAGGAGAGUCAGACAUGACUGAAUAACAAAACAAGAUGGCUCAGACAGAACAGUCCCCGGGGGGAGUUGAGGGCACAUCUCACUGUUUCACUUAGUUUUCUGAAUCAUCCCUCUUGAAGGCAGAAAUGAGGAAGGUGCAGGGACUUGGGUCUGGUCUUGGACCUCAUAAUGACAAGCUUGGCCAAGUUUCUCUUACCCCUCCUCCUCCAAGAGAGUCCUCCCCCUGCAGCAGCUUCCAGCACCCUGGACAGCGUCAGUCCUGUGGCCAUACUCCACCCCAAUUUAACUGCUCUAUCCACAAGAGGCCUGUGUCUGCGUGGUCCACACAGUGAAGGACUCAUCCUGUCAUCUUGCUUUCUCUAAAAACUAGAACCUAACAGAGAGCAGGUUUGUGACUUGGCUAUGACUGGUUUGGGAAGGUUGAAAAUGACACUUCUUUUUGGUAAAAAGAACAGCUCUUCCUAAAUCUGACAGUGGUAGACUCCCAAUUCCCCCAAUUCCUUCCUUACCCACACUACCUUUGUUCCAAAGAACCCCAGGCUCUCACCCUAUCACAGCAAGUCAUACUGGAGGCUGCCAUUGCUGAUUCCCAAAGUAUGACCCUGAUCCUCGGUUCCCUCUCUCUCUAAUGGGUAUUUCCAGAAACAGCUCUCCUAGGGCUUUUCGGGGAGAGUUUUUUUUUUUUUUUUUAACAUAAAGAUUAAACUUUUCUAGAUUUAGCAUUUGACUUUUGUAUUUUGAAAGUAUUUAUUCUGGAUUUUGUAGUCUGUUUUAUUAUAGAGUGACUUUAAAAAAAAAUAAAAACUUUUAAUGACAAAUA